AUGGAGGCCUAUGUUGGCAUGGUCUUCCUGAAGCCACGGAAGAGCCCGAAGGACCUGGGCGGGCCGAGGACGGCGGGCGCCAAUGGCCGGGCCCGCUCCGCCCCCGGCCGGAGGCUGCCGGGGAUAGGCUGCCCGUCGCACCGCCCCCUUGUCAGCGCGCCGCCGUCCGGGUCUCUGCGCCGCACGCGCGUCGCCCGCCGGAGUCGCGCUGAGGUGAGCCGUGGGUGUGGGUGGGUGCGGCGGGGAGGGCGCCCGGCCUGCGGGCCCGGCUGGGGCUGCGCUCGCCCCGCGUCCCCUCGAGCUUUGCCCGCCCCGAGCUCCGCUGCUCCCGGCGGCCAGAACGGAGGGGUAGAGCAGUCCUCCGAGGCCCGGGGGGGCGGGCGGCGCAGCUCGUCCCGGGGCCGCGCGAGGCACAGACGCCGCGCCGGGCCGCCCGGAGGCCUCCCCGCGCCCAGGCCCGGGCGCCCUGAUAACCUCGCGCUGUGCUCCCGCAGGGCGCCGCCGCGGCUACUUUGUGGCGGGUUCGGGGGGAUUCGGGGCCCGCCCGCCUGCGGCUGCGGGAGCCCGGCCCGACCCGGGGACCCGGGAGUCUGUCGCCGACGUGUGCGGGGCUGCAGCGGCCCGAGCUCUACGCGCAGGUUGACUACUACAGGUGCAAGCCGCAGAAGCUGGAAUAUUCUCAUGCUGGUAUUUUUACUGACUUAUACCAAUUCUACAGUUUACAGUACACACUAAGGAGGUCAAAUAGUCUUCCAUAACUUGUAGCAGCCAUGUGUCCAGCGUGCCCCUCACAGGCCUUAGCAGCAGGACAGUGCUGGUGGUGAUCGGGCAGCAUAGCAGGUGUUUUACCUUCAUCUUGUCUUUCAGUUCUGACAACUCUGAGGUCGGUACUAUUCCCUUGUUUUACAGAUGAAGCAACAAAGAGGUUAGGUACUGGCUCAAGGUCCCGCCACAUGUGUAGCCCUGAACAAGGAUCCUUGUGUAACUUUCUGGCCAUGUGACCUCUUGGAAAGUCACUUCUCUUGGCAUUUAAUGUUCAAGUGGAGCUGUAGUAAUAUUGAGACAGAUGAGGCCAAUUUGGUCAGGGGAGACCACAGCAGAGCUAUUAAGAAUAUAAGGUCUUUAUAGUAUUUAAUUACAUCAAACCUAUGGAAGUUACCAAAAUUUGGCACAAAGGGGGCAUCUGUUGGCAUUUUAGGUGUUUUUGAUGAAUGAGCAUAAUGAGCUGUGAUGGGAUUUGAAGCAUACAGGGGUGCUAGAUUGUUAGAAUAUGAAAAUCUUCGAGGUGAUGGGGAAGUUUUCAUAUGGGAAGAAACGAGACAGUGAAGCAAGAUGAACAGAGCCUAGUAUGUGCUAGUUCAUGCUGACCAGCCCUGAAUGUCUGCAAAUACCUCAUUUUCCAGAAGUUUUCAAUAAAGAUUUAAUAUUCA